GAGACUGGACAAUAUGCUUUUGGCAGAAGGGGUUUCAGGUCCUGAGAAAGGCAUGUAAUGAAUUCACUACACACGUGAUGAACCUUCUCCGAGAGCAGAGUAGAACACGUCCCAUUUCCCCAAAAGAGAUGGAAAGAAUGGUAGGCAUCAUCCAUUGAAAAUUUAGUUCCAUUCAGAUGCAGCUCAAAGCACUUGUGAAGCAGUUAUGAUUUUAAGAUCAAGGUUCCUUGAUGCCAGACGAAAAAGGCGUAACUUCAGUAAACAGGCCACAGAAAUCUUGAAUGAAUACUUUUACUCACACCUCAGCAACCCCUACCGCAGUGAAGAAGCCGAAGAGGAGCUGGUCAAGAAAUGCAGCAUCACAGUGUCACAGGUAUCCAACUGGUUUGGCAACAAACGAACCAGGUACAAGAAGAAUAUCGGCAAGUUUCAGGAAGAAGCCCAUCUCCACGCUGCAAAGACAGCUGUGACAGCUGCACAUGCAGUGGCCGCAGCCGUGCAGAACCACCAGACCAACUCGCCCACCACGCCAAAUUCUGGUGGGUACCCUCCGUCAUGUGACCAAUCAGAUGGGGGGAUACGCUGAUGGCCU